CAUUAUUAUAAUAUUUUGUAUAAUUUUUCUGGACUCGGUGCUGAAAGUGUGUUCUGUGUGUGUUCUGACCUGAAGAACCAUGACACUUGAAUAAAUAGAGAAGAAGAAGAAGAUCAACUGCGUCACCACUAAAGCUGUAGAUUCUGCGCUGAAGAUCUGAAGAACAUCUCAGACUUUCAGGAGUUUUAUUUUUCGAAGUGUGUGUGUGUGUGUGUGUGUGUGUGUGUGUGAUAUUCAGCAUCAUGUCUCAGAGCUGUCGCUUGCUGUGCGGUUUCUUUCUGAGCUGCUCGGGAUGGAUCUGUCUCAUCAUCGCCACCUCCACUAACGACUGGGUGAUCACCUGCAGCUUCGGCCUGCACACCUGCGUGAAGAUGGACGAGCUGGAGUCCAAAGGUUUAUGGGCCGAGUGUAUGAUUUCUACAGCGGCGUAUCACUGUGCGGCUCUCAACCAGAUCCUCACUUUACCUGCAUACAUCCAGACGUCUCGGGCGCUCAUGGUGUCUGCGUCACUCCUCGGCCUCCCAUCGGUGCUGCUGGCGCUCUUGGCCACGCCAUGUGUCAGACUGGGUGACGAGAGCGAUGGAACCAAACAGAAACGCGCUCUGUUAGGGGGAAUCCUCACUCUGAUCAUGUCGGUCUGUGGUUUGGUGUCGACGGUGUGGUUCCCGAUCGGAGCGCACCAUGAAGACGGCCUGCUGUCGUUCGGGUUCUCUCUGUACGCUGGAUGGUUGGGUUCUGCCCUCUGUUUCCUCGGGGGUUCGGUUCUGACCUGCUGCUCGGGAGGCAACAAUGCUCCGGCUCAACGCCCUGAAAAGCGCUUCUACUACUCCAAACAGAGCGGAAUCACCGACUCGGUCCAGGCCACAAACAAUCACGCCAAGAGCGCUCACGUCUGAGAGCGGAGACCUGAACUGGAACGGACUUCAAACAGAGAGGAAUGGUUUAUUGCUCUCAUUUCUCAUUCUCUCUCUCUCUCUCUCUCUCUCUCUCACACACACACACACACACACACACACAGAAACAUGGGGGAUUUUCCAUUCUGAGAUACGAGCAAAGCACAACUUCUACUCAAAACAAUAUUUAUUCCAGUCUGGAUGAGAUGUUUUGUCUCAGCAUGGACCUAGAAUUCGAGGCCAAGAUAAAAAAAAAAAAAAUCUCCCUGUAAUCUGUUCUCUUUGUUCUUUUUCUUUUUAAGUGGUUUUCAGGAGUGCUGAAAGUUUUCUUUUAUUCCUAAUUCAUCUCAGUCUGUGCUCAAUCAUCUGCUCUGGUUAGAAAGCAUGCGAUUUUUUUUUAAAAAAGAAAUAAAAUCAGUCCAUCUGACACGCAGACGGCAGACAGGCAGGAAGCCAGAGGUGCAGUAAGGCCAGGUGUCUUCUCCAUGUUUUUUCCUGUAAAGCUCUUCACGCUUUCCUGCUCAGGAUCCCUCAGGAAAUCUGCAGACUCAAAGCGAGGACACCUUCAAUAGUGACAGCCGUUUUUCGUACGUCCUUCUCUCGUGUGGUUCAUUAACGAUAUUUCUGUCAUGUUUAACGAACCCUUUCUUUUGCUUUGUUGCUCUCGCAGGGCACGGAAUACGUAACACUAUUCAGAAAGCAGUUUUGAAAGAAGAAUAGACGUGUGAAACAUGACGUAUUCACAGGGAGACGUUCUAUAAACAGACUCUUAUAUAAAUCCUUUCAUCUUUUCUCAUCUUUUUAUUUGAGAUAUAUCACUCUGGAUGGGAUUGGGUGUAAGCGGGGUUAAUCAUACUCUGUGUCUCGAGUCCGUAAAUUUUAUGCUGAAAUAUAUUCAUGACAUAAAAACAUAUAGCAGAAACACUGAGGAAAACAACAACAACAUACAAGCCAAGUAUUCAAAGAAAUAACUCGAGAUCAACAUCGCAGGAUAUUUUGAAAAGGAAUUUUAAUGUAUUCAGGAAAUAAUAAUAAUAAUAAUAAUAAUAAUAAUAAUAGUAAUAUUUCUAUACACUGAGCCUUUAAAAUAAAACACAAACUCGGCAGAACAGUCGUAGUGUCUUUUCACUAUACACCAUCUACAGUACAUUCCUUCUACACGCUUAGAACUGACGGUUCUUCAAGAGUUCUCUACAUAAUUCAACCUUUUUUUCUUGGAAACCUUUCUGAUGAUUUGUAUUAGAGUUUUACUUAGUACCUUUAAUGAUCUUAUCACACAGACAACCGAGGAUUCCUUAAAGGUUCUACAUUUUGUAAAAUAAAAUAAGGGAAAACUAAAGUGUGUGUGUGUGUGUGUGUGUGUGUGUGUGUGUGUGUGUGUGUUCCAUGUGGACCCUGAUUUUGUCUCUAUGUAACAGGUUUGAUGAAAGAUUCUUUGGAAACUUAAGGGUUCUUGCCUUCAUAAAGGGGAUCAAUUCUUCUUGGACCCCUUUCUGAUAAGAAAGCACUUUGUUGUAGGGUUCUACAUAGAACCUUUAAAGGUUUUCCCAGAGGAACAAUCGAAGUACCAUUAAAGGUUCUACAUUUUCUAAGAGUGUAUAAAAUGGAAGAACUAAAGCGUGUGUGUGUGUGUGUGUGUGUGUGUGUGUGUGUGUUUUGUUCCAGGUGGACUCUGAUUUUAUCACUCUGGAACAUGAAAUGAGAACACACACACACAAAGAGGAACUAGUGACACAAACCAAAGAACAUUUAAAUGUUCUAGAAUUACCUUUUUCUUUAAAGAGUGUGCAUGUAUCGGACUGAAUGUCUGUAUAGGGAUUUCAAUAUUAUGAUAUUUCCUGUAAAAAUAGUAUAUUAUAAUAAAUUAUUCUUUACUUUA